AUGCCUCUGAGUGUUGGUUAUAUUGUGACUCAUGACCACCUCGGGCCAUUUCUCAUCGUCUUUCUAAACAAAUCAAAACCCACCUACACCCUAGCCUCUAAGUUCACCGGAAAGCAGAACUCUCCUACCAUCCCCGGUGAGUCCUGCACCACUCUGUUGCAUACUCGCCGUAUGGACUGCGAGCCCCGAGAACACAUCUGGCUGUCUCUAGGGGAGCUGGCCCAACUCGGCCUCGAAAGCCUCGCCGGUUCUCGAGGGCUCUUAUCCUGGGGGCUACCAUCGCCGAAACGCCCUGAGGAGGUUUAUCGGUUCAAUAUGACAACCGAGCCACGAGUCACUCCUUCCCCGAGGUAG